AUGGCCAUGACUCUGGGGUACUGGGACAUCCGGGGGCUGGCCCACGCCAUCCGCCUGCUCCUGGAGUACACAGACUCCACCUACGAGGAGAAGAAGUACACGAUGGGGGACGGGCCCGACUUUGACAGAAGCCAGUGGCUGAAUGAGAAAUUCAAGCUGGGCCUGGACUUCCCCAAUCUGCCCUACUUGAUUGACGGGACUCGCAAGCUCACCCAGAGCAAUGCCAUCCUUCGCUACAUUGCUCGCAAGCACAACCUCUGUGGGGAGACGGAGGAGGAGAAGAUCCGUGUGGACAUGCUGGAGAACGAGGUGAUGGACCUCCGGAUGUUCAACAUCAGGACCUGCUACAGCCCUGACUUUGAGAAGCAGAAGCCCGAGUUCUUGAAAGUGCUCCCUGAAAAGUUGAAGCUCUUCUCACAGUUCCUGGGGAAGAAGUCGUGGUUUGCGGGGGACAAGCUCACCUACGUGGACUUCCUGGCCUACGACCUGCUGGACGUGCUGCGCCUGUUCGAGCCCACGUGCCUGGAUGCGUUUCCGAACCUGAAGGACUUCAUCGCCCGCUUCGAGGGCCUGAAGAAGAUCGCCGCCUACAUGAAGAGCAGCCGCUUCCUCCGCACGCCCGUGUACUCCAAGGCCGCCCAGUGGGGCAACAAGUAG